AGCCACGAAGCAGCGCCGUGCGCGACGACGACGACGAGAACGACGGCGACGUCGGACAUUCGCGCACGUUACAUUUCUUCUCGUCGUCGGUCGUCUCGUCUCCGUUCGUACGAAAGGAUUAUACGAGUCUGAUUAAUUAAAUUUCUGACCGUCGCGAAAUCUCAUCCGUCGACCGAACGAGCCAACGCGCACCGCGUGUGAUUUCUUCGACAUCUCCCGCGUCGUGAGAGUGCGGUUUGUGCUCCGAAACGGAUCGUCUCGUACGAUACGACGCCGCGAAUACUUAUCGGGCACGCAGCGUGGGUGGUGAACCGCGAUGUGGUGGCCGAGUCUAUAAUUAACAGCGAAGAACGCGUCUGGCAGUGUAACGAGGUACCAUCCCUGCAAGAAAUUAAGCGACUCUCGAUGAAAACAUCUCACAAUAAAUCAUCAACGAGACGCAGAGUGAAAAAGCGAAGGAUGUGGCCGACGAAUUACGGAUUUAUCGCCGGACGUGUUUCAACAAGCGUCGCGUUUCGAUCGGUAAACUAGAGAUCGAUAUGAAAUAAUAACGCAAUCUCUUUGGAAUAUACAUCGAGGGGAAAGAUCAUAAACGAAGCAGCGUUGGCAAGUUUUAUUGAAUAAUGAACUUCUCGAAUCUUGUUGGCAGUAUUAUAUAGUGUCAAAACGGAGCAGAUCGGUCGUGAAACUUCAUAUAGUGGGUGAUUGUAUGGAAGGAUAACUUUCUUAGUAGUUUCCACGCACAUAAAUACGUAGUAACUUGAGAGAUCGUGCCCUCGUUUCAUCGUCGUUCAAUAUCAAUUUCCGAAGUGCGAAGCGUAUUACGGAACAAGAAUCGAAAUUAACUGCGUGACUCAUUCGAGACGAAGUGAUACUCUCGGUCACGUUUUACGAGCGGGAUAAUCUGGUAGAGGCCGAAUUAACCACGGCGAGCCGAAGGUUUUCGCCAGCGGAAAACGACGACGCAGACCGGGGACGAUGAUUAAAGCAUUCAUGCUCGAAAAGAGAACCCUGGCAUGAUUUGAUCCACGAUUAAGAGAUCGAUCGACCCUGAUCGAACGGUCGUUCUCCCUCCCCUCCUCUUGCGAGCAUCAAGCGAGCCGCGACGUGACCAUCAAUACCCUAAUAAAUGUCACUUGCACGAUCGAUUGGUGCCUUUUGCCAGCCAUGACAUAAAGAGGGGACGAUUUAAAAGCGACAGAGACGACGGGUCAACGUUGUCGAAAACGGCUGUCGACAUCGGAUCGCGAUCGGAUGGAAGGGCCCUCUUCGUACGGACGAAAUACGUAAUCGAGAUCCCCGACGCCACUUUCGGAGACCUUGAUAAUUAUUCACGAAUGGAGGAUGAACAGCGGUGUGUGAGGGAGAGAGGCGGACGCUUUUAAACCGAUGAGAUGACAGUGCUGUGCGUGCUGUGGGCUACUCUGUCCACUAUAGCCUCGAUUCUGGCGUGCUCCGGUUUUUACUUGCCUUACUGGAUUCAGGGACGACUUCUGGGAAAGGCGGACGCGUACUUCAGUUCCUUCCGGCGUUGCAAUUACCCGCGAAUUAGGGCCCCCAACGCCACGCCCGAGAUAGUUUACGAGUGCGCGAGGUACUCCAGCUUUUGGGAUAUACCGAGUGCCUGGUGGCAGGCGAGUACAGUCACGAUGGGAAUUGGCGUCGCGAUUGCAGUAAUCGGCGCCUUGACGCUUCUGGCAGCGGCGUCAUCAUUCCUCCCACACAUUCUAAAAACGCCGAAACACACGAGAAUACUUGGUUCCUUGCAACUGCUCGCUGCAGCGAUGAUAUGCGGCGGUCUGUUCAUGUAUCCGAUCGGCUGGGAUAAUCGGGAAGUACGCGAAUCCUGUGGGAAAGGGGCCAAUGUUUACAAUCUCGGGAAGUGCUCGCUGUCCUGGUCGAACCACUUGCUGAUCGGCUCAAUCGCGUUGCUGAUGCUGUGCUUCGGCCUGAGCUUCUGCGCGGCGCAACACAAGCCCACGAAUUCGCACACGGAUCCCCUGCGCAUUUGACAAUCGAGAUACUCGCAGUCGAUUCACGCCUACGCUUCGCCGAAGACGACCACCACGCUCUCCAUCGUCACGGUCUGUUGAUCUCGUCGCGCGCCUGUUGCGUGCAUGCGCCGUGCGUAAGUAUGCGAACGUCGUCGCCGCCGGCACCACCACCAUCGCCUGUCGUCCACCCACGUCGCGGUGCGAAACAAGAUAUACAUAUGUUAUCGCGCACAUAUAAACACAUCGCAACAUUUGCGCGGGAUCUGUCACGCGCGCGCGCGGAAUAUUUUCGCGUGUGUCGCGGCGUACUAGCGUGACGACUGCGAGUUGCGCGGACUCGCAUCUCAUACAUAUUUUACGUAUAUGUUUUUUUCGAUUCGGGGCGGGAAUGCAAAUUUUUGCGCCAUUUCACGUCGGUUUAAUGCAUGGUUUAACGCAAACGCGCCACCUGCGUGACUAACCCCUUCCCAUUGACACAUCUCACGCUACGAUCGGCGUGACGUGAACGCUAUAAAUGAGCGUCGCGCUCAUAACAUAGUUUAUCGAUAAAUGAAACGAUUGACUAUUGAACGAUUAAGUGGGUAGGUACGAGUUGACAAUUUGAAAAAAUUAAUUUUCCUCUGCGUACUUUGAAUGUGAUGUCACAUUCACAUGUCGAACACGAAAGAAGUAUACGAUCCACAUUUAAACUUGGUAAAUAACUUUACAAGCGUAUUUCCCGAAAGCAAAAAUGUUCCUAUUAAAUAGUGAAGAAAUUUUCCCUUGCAAAAAUAUAGGAGGCUGUAUAAAAAAAUUGUUGCUAUCUCGGUAAUCUUCUUUUUUUUUUAAUACGACUAGAUAUUUUUCCGCGAAAAAAAUCUCAGGAUUGCAUCGAAAAUCCAUCCGGAUCUCGGAAGAUUGAUUAAACUUUUGACAGGUUAACGCAUAUCUACCCUCUCGAGGCAAAUCCUGCGCCUCUGUAUAUAGUAUACGCGACCUGUAUAUGUACGUAUGUAUAUACCGCGCUUAAAGUGAAUCUUAUAGUCUUGUUUCACGGCACAGAGUGUUCGAGAACUGCUAUGGUAUUUCCAAUUUGAUGCCAUAGUAAGCCCCGAGUAGAAGCGACGAAGCAAUUGGCAAUUCGCCUUUCAGCACUUCCAAUUCGCUCGCUGGGCAUAUACACGGUGGCGCAAAAGGAUUCGGACCGAGAGAAAUACGAACACACACAUACAUCUCUUUCGCGCCAAGACUUUGCAUUCAGAUGCGUCGUAACGAUCGCGGUAUCCAGGUGGACUGCAGCACACUCCUUUCGAAGACCGGGAAAUCGCUAUGUGUAUCCCACGGUCCCGAAGAAGCCCUUCGGAUAUAUCGAUCGCACAGACGUGGAGAACGUUUCGACUCUCCAGAGAUUUGCACGUUUCUCUUAUUUAUCCUCGUCUCGGAUUCUUUUCUCAAGAUGCUAUUUCUUUCGUGAAAAUAAUGAUAUUGGUUUAACGAUGACUGUCAGUGUGUGUUUAUCUUAGAAUUUAUCCAAAUAAGAUCCCAGAUUUCUUCGGAUAAUAUGUGUCAUAUUUACUUUUCGCGCAAAAUAUCUUUUUACCUGACAUUUUUGUAGGAUAACAGAAAAGUGUUGCGUUUUAUAUAUAGGCAAUUCUCACAUGGAGCCACUCUAUCAAACAAGUAAUUGUGUCCAUAUUGAAUCGCGCACGCAAGAGAGAGGGAGAGAGAGAGAGAGAGAGAGAGAGAGAGAAAGUGUCGAGAAAAUUGGGUUUAAGCCAGACGCGGAAAAUUUAGCGACUAGCGAAAUCCGCGUAAUUAAAAGAUAAAGGGAUCAGGAAAGGUCGAAGUUCUGGGCUUCUAUAGCUGCGGGUAGUAGUUUAUUUGUAUCGUGGCUUCUAUCUAAACCAUCCGCCGAUCUUCUUGGCUUCAUUCUAUUUUCCACACAAAAGAAAUCGGAAGAUUGAAUCGAAUAGUUAAAAAAAGAAAAGUAUUUUCUCGUUUUAUGCUCGUGAUCUGCCUCGUUCGGGCUUCUAUCGAUGGUUUAAUUACGAAUCGUGAUAUUUAUAAAUGAUAUGACCUUUGUAAGAGCAAUACUUCACCAGAGCUUUAUUUUACGUUGCUUUCGAAAAUUCGGAAACAAUCAGUGCUUCAGGAAUUUUUGUCGAGGAAAAAAUGGUUGCAUGCAAUUCGGUCACAGAAUCUCGCUAUACGCGAUGUGCAUUCACGAAUAUUGAAUCACCCUGUACGACUCAGGUAAAAAAUAGCCUGCGGUAUUUGUACGCGUUGUGAAGAAUGUAAUAUUCGGGAUGCGUAUAUGUGACCAAGGUAUAUAGGUGUAGCCUCAGUGAAAUUCACAAUUGUGGACGCGGUUGAAUUUCACGUGUUGACGGAAUGGUGCGCACAAACGAUGGGCGCGCGUUAUUCGGUGAAGGCAUCGCUAUUGGCCGAACAAAAAUCCAAGCUGAACAAACAGACCGGAGCACGCUCCCCUCGCACGGGAUCUCUAUGCAUCGCUUACUUCUUGCAUCGGGGAUUAAUCGCGGCUUUUUUUCUACCGCACGCGCGCGCGCACACACACACGCGUGCGCGCGUAUUGUUGCGCACGAAAUAACGUACUCGUCGUGGUUACGCGUCUGAUAAAAAUUGUUUCGCCGUGAAUAAAAGAAUCCGCGGUGAUAUGGUUACUGAUUCUGAUACGCACUCUCUUUCGUUCUCUCUCUCGCUCUCUCUCUCUUUUUCCAUUGAUACACACCCGAAAUAUGCGAACCAUGGAGAUCGUCGCAAAUUCGGAAAAUAUCUCGGUUAUUCGUUAUUGACGCAAAACGAAGUCAUGUUCUAUGCGUUGACGUGGCUUUCCCGAGGACACCCUAGAACGCAACUGGCAAAGGUGUUGUAAAACUGCUGAAAGCUUUUUGGAUUACACGCUACGCGGGUUCAAUCUGGAUAGAGUAUUUAUCAAUGCAUAACGUUACCAAAAUGCGUAAAUAAACGAAUCACGGCUCGAGAAUACCGCUCUUAAAGAAAAUGAAAAGUUCGAAUUUAAAUAUUAUAUCGAAUAAAAUCGACAACAGCAUAUAUAUAUAUAGCUGAGAAUCGCGAUGUUAUUAGUCCAUUUGAAUAUUUUUUUCUCACAUCUGUCAGCGCGCGUCAUAUCCUUAUUUUCCAACAAGACUUUUAGUGACUUUCGCAUCUCAAGACUCUAACUCGAUUCGUUCGUUAAGUCGUGAUUCGCUGACACUAUCAAGAGGUGGAACUACUGCAUCGUGUUUUUCUCGCGAGCUAUAACUUUAGGCUCCGUCGACGUACCGUCCCCCGAGCAAAACUUAGGAAAAAAAGAAAGAGAAAGAGAGAAAAAAAAUGGGAAGGAAACGAGCUGCUGGUUCGGGAUCUAUCGAUCGACGAGUCGGUUUGUUCGCUCGUAGAGCGGAUGUACCCGUCUCCCUUGAGAAACUUUCGCGGUAAAACCUCUCCCGUUCGCAUGCGCAUUCCCCAGCAUCCCGUCCCUCAUUCAUCCCGUUCCUCUUUCUCUCCUUUCCUUUUUUUUUCUCUCGCCCUCCGCUCUCCUCCACUACUCUCGUAUCACGCCGGUCCCUUUCCCUCUUCCAUUUUUCGCUACGCGCUUCCACACGCCGCUGCCCGAUUCCACUUUGCCUCUUAUCGACUUCCGCCUUCCUUCCUAACCUAAGGACUCACCCGGCCAUUUCUCUCUGCGACCACUGCCGGCCGGUGAGGAAGGUGGGGAAAAGAGAUAGCCGGAAAAGCGAGUUCGUUCUCGUGACUAAUUGAGCUAUCGGUUUAUCUGCGAGAGAAAGAAAGAGAGGAGAUGGAGAGAGAUACGACGGGAGGGCUCGUGGGGGAAGGAACGAUUCAGGGGUAGAACGAGAAAUGUUUCAGCAAGCCAACCCAUCGUUUCCUUUACUCCGUCUUUCUUGUGUUUUCGCUCGCUCGACUCACGAGCACUUAUCGCGUGACCGGGCAGAGCAAGUGGCGGCCAUUUCACUGUCUCCAUAAACGUACCGUUUUGUAACCGGUUACCUUGCCUAGUUGUCCUUAGAGAGGCCAUAAGGGUCGCGAGCGAAUUCCGUGUGUCGGUUUAUUCUCUCACCGCUUCUCCGUUUAAUCUUAAUUUCGCUGAAGCCGUUUCGGCUUACCUACCGUAAUUCGGUCUCUCGGCAACGAAAAGUGAGAACAACGAUAGACUAUAUCUUACUUAAAAACGUCUACGAGAAUUUCCUGUCCAAUAUACAUUUAUAUUCAUUUCUGCAAUGGCAAAAAUAUGAACAAUAACCAGAUCUAAGUAUUAUUGUAUUAGUAUUAUUGCACUCGCACUUCGCGGGUGGUAAUGACAGAUAAAUGUGAAAAUAGUUAACGCGAUUACACGCUCUUCAACAUUAUAUCGAGAAAUGUCAAUUUCAAUAGCGAAGAAGAAACUUCUUCUAACUUAAACAAUUUCGAUACCUCCAUUGUUCGCGAAGUUUCCGUUAUAUGAGUCUCAUAGCCGCGAGACAAUUUACAGCGAUUGAUCGUGCAAUCAAACAAUCUCCCUUUUGUCUGAUAUUUAUUAAAUAUUUCUAAAGUCUGCUUAUUGAUUAGUUAUUAAUGCUAAAUUGCUACCGCAAUUAUUAAUCAUUAUUUAUGUAAUUUAUAGCUUAUUUAUUUCAAUGAUUUGGUUCCGUUUUACUAUUCUUGCAAAUGUAAUUUUUUUGGAGGAUACGCGCGCGUGUUAAUUUUAUUCUGAUUAUAGCGUUUGCUCGAAUUUUUUAAAUUUUACUUGUAUAAAAUUAGAGAUUUUAUAGAGAUUUUUUUUCUUCCAAUACUUGAUUAAUUAAUUGCUAUUUAAUUUCUAUUCUUCAAUUAUGCUAUUAUUGAUCCGACGGAAUGAUUACAAAUUGAACUGUUUGGAUGCAAGAUCGCGCAAAAGAGCCAUGUUAAUUCAUCUUUCGUAUGGAGCGAUGUGCCCUUUGAUUAGCUUCUCCCUGUGAUCGAACAGCGUAAAGCUUUCUCGCUAAUUUGACACUUUCGAUGCGCGAUCCAAUAAUGAAGGAUAUUGGUUGACGGUGUCCCCCGAGUGUCUGAGGGAUGGCUGAGUGAUUGUGAUUAAUCUUGUCAAAUUGCUGGCAGCUUCAUAAGACGAUUAUCAUUGUUGGUAAUAAGGAUUCGAUUGAUCGAUCGGUUAUUAUCCACCACAUCCUUAAUUGUUUGUUCAUUCUUCUCAUAGCAUGAAGGAAGGCAGUUGUCUCAGUUAUAUUACGGUUACAUAAUUUUUUAACUCUCGAUAGAUUGAAAGUAUGAAAAAAUACGAGAUAUUGAAUGUUAAAAAGGGACUUUUAUAUAAAAGAUUUCUUAAAAAGUUAGGUUUAUCUAUUCCUCUUUUUGUUAAAUUUGCCAAGCCAUGAUCGAUAUAUCCGAGCGACGCGCGUAUAUGAAAUCGACAGACAAAUUAUGACAUCCGUAAUCUAUCGUGCUUCCCACAUGUCGUUAUAUGUACAUUUUUCAUCUUCGAUCAUACUAUCAGAAUCAGUGUACCGAAUAUUAAUUAUAUAAACGUAUUGUCAUCUAGUGCGACUUCAUAUUGGAAGAAUUAAGGACCAUACUAAUUCGGAUCGGUACAUUGUAAAAGUGCGCGUGUAAAUAUGAAUUCUUGAUGAGAAAAAGAGAGACCAUUGCUGUUAUAUCCAUCGGUUUGUAAAAAAAAAAAAAAAAGAUGGUGCGUUAGAGAGUAAUCAUCAAAGUAA